GGCAGCACGCUGCGGAAGCGCAAGAUGUAUGAGGAAUUCCUCAGCAAGGUCUCCAUCCUGGAGUCCCUGGAGAAGUGGGAGCGCCUGACCGUGGCCGACGCCCUGGAGCCGGUGCAGUUUGAAGACGGAGAGAAGAUUGUGGUCCAGGGGGAGCCUGGGGACGACUUCUACAUCAUCACGGAGGGCACAGCCUCUGUCCUCCAGCGCCGGUCCCCAAAUGAGGAGUAUGUGGAGGUGGGGCGCCUCGGGCCCUCUGACUACUUUGGGGAGAUUGCGCUGCUGCUGAACAGGCCGCGGGCAGCCACCGUGGUGGCCCGGGGGCCCCUCAAGUGCGUGAAGCUGGACCGGCCCCGCUUCGAGCGCGUGCUGGGCCCCUGCUCCGAGAUCCUCAAGCGGAACAUCCAGCGUUACAACAGCUUCAUCUCCCUCACCGUCUGAGCCGCCGGCCGCCCGCUGUGGCCCUCGCUUCCCUGUGGUGGCUCCUCUGUGUCCAGGGGCUGAGGGGGCUGGUGUCCCAGCAGCGUGGGGGCCGCCCCCCGGACUCCCGUCUGGAAUUAAACCGUCACCUGUGUGCUUUGAGAACAAGAGCGAGUGAGAGACCACCCGGGCCGAAGAGUGGCUGCUGCCCCUCCCCACGUCCCUCCCAUCUCGCUAUACCUGUGGGCUCAUCUUGGGGGCCCUCCGCCCCUGCCCUCCUCUUCUGGGGCGCACAGAAGUGUACUUACCCCUGCUGCUGCUGAGGGGCUGGGCUGUGGGGGCCCAGGGGGCCCACGGGGUGAACUGGCCGGGUCUUGAGGAGCUGAGGGGAGGGCAAGGGCCAGGGCCAUCUGGUCACCCUUGUCUCAGAGGCUGGCCAGGCCGCCAGGGUCUCAGGGCCCUGUGACGCCGGGUCACCAGGUCUGGAGUCUAACAUGGGUGACGACGUCCAGGGGGGUAUCCCACAGGCCCCUCAGGCUUUGAGCGGGAGGUUGAGGCUGAAGAAGGAGAGAUGGCCCAGGUUUCUCCCUCAGAUGCUCCCCUGCCGCCCACCGGGUCCUGCUGAAGAUGCUCCCAGGUCAGGAGAGCCUCAGGAGGGAGGCCGCAGGUGACCCCACCAGGUGUGCACAGGAGUCGAUGGG